AUACUAGUUCCUCAUUAAAUGGUGCGAUUUAAGAAGUGAGCGCGAUUCUGUGACGCGAACUGUUUUGCUGUAAUCUUACCACAACUCAGUCUUUUUUAUGAGCUGAAGCGUGUGCGGGUCGGAGAGGGACCCCUUUCCGGAAGGACUUUUCGAGGUUCAGCUUACGGCCGGAUCACUUCCGGUCAACUUCCACCGAGGGGCGCUUUCUGCCAGGGCGCUGCGGUUCAUGGCGCACCGGCGGCGCGGUGUUUCUCAGCGGCUCACUGCAGUGGAGUGAAGUGAAGUGAAGUCGCCGUUUCACCCGGCAUGGCGGCGCAAACAUCGCGGGCGUUAUGGAUGUGUCGGCAUCACCUUGCUCUGCUGCAGAAAUAUUCAAAUCCCAGAAACACUCAACUGCUGCUGCACAAAUCCUUCAGCACACAGAGGACUGGGCGGAGUCUCCGGCCACUGAGGAAGCUGCUGAUUGGUGUGUCAGUGGGCAUUCCUGUGGUGGUGGGCAUGUGCUAUGCUCUCUCUGACCCCAAAGACAGGAGGAAGAUGAGGAUAUUAGUGGAGGGGGCAGGACGUUUCUGCAGAUCUCUGUAUAUCGGGUUUCUGAUUUCAGUAGAUUAUUGGUGGACGUCCAACGUUGUUCUGCGUGGCGUGGAUGAAGAAAAGCCGGAGUUCACAGCGGCCAUGUCUGCGUGUCACCAGCGGGCGGCGGACAGCAUGGUGGAGGGAGCAGUGAGGAACGGGGGAGUGUACAUUAAAUUGGGACAGGGCCUGUGCUCAUUUAAUCACCUCCUCCCUCCGGAGUACAUCCACACGCUGCAGGUCCUGGAGGAUAAAGCACUGAACCGCCGCUACAAAGAGGUAGACGCUCUAUUCCUAGAGGAUUUCAACUCCACGCCAGAUAAACUGUUUAAGACGUUUGACUACGAGCCUGUGGCAGCUGCUAGCUUAGCACAAGUGCACAAAGCGGAGCUGCAUGACGGGAUGCCCGUGGCCGUGAAGGUGCAGUAUAUAGACCUGAGGGAUCGCUUCGAUGGAGACAUCAGAACCUUGGAGAUCCUGCUGGAUAUAGUGAAGCUUAUGCACCCGAGCUUCGGUUUCCGCUGGGUCCUAAAGGACCUGAAGGGAACGUUGGCGCAGGAGCUGGAUUUCGAGAACGAGGGCAGGAACUCGGAGCGAUGUGCCGAAGAGCUCAAGCACUUUAAAUUCAUCGUCAUACCAAAAGUGUUCUGGGACCUGACUAGCAAGCUCUGCUCCUCACACCAGCGCGUCCUCACGGCAGAGUUCUGUGAAGGCUGCAAAAUCAACAACAUCGAGGAGAUCAAGAGGCAGGGCCUGAGUUUAAAAGAUACAGCAGAUAAAUUCAUCAGGACUUUUGCGGAACAAAUAUUUUACACCGGAUUUAUACAUGCAGACCCACAUCCUGGAAACGUGUUGGUGCGAAGAGGUCCUGAUAAAAAAGCAGAACUUGUUCUCUUAGAUCAUGGACUGUACGAACACCUCAGCAAAAGUGACCGAGCCGCUUUGUGCCAGUUGUGGCGCUCCAUUAUCCUCCGAGACAAAGCCGCCAUGAAGAGAUACUCCAAUGACCUUGGGGUCAAAGACUACUUCCUGUUCUGCGAGAUGCUCCUUCAGCGGCCCAUUAACAUGCGUGAGCUGGGUCUGGGGAACAUCCUGAGCCGCGAGGAGACGUCGUACAUGCGCGACAUGGCUGCUCAGCACUUCGAAAGCAUCAUGGACGUGCUGAAGGCUCUGCCUCGACCCAUGCUGCUCGUCUUCCGCAACAUCAACACAGUGCGCAGCAUCAACAUAGCGCUGGGAGCUCCUGUAGACCGCUACGCCCUCAUGGCCAAGAGCGCCGUGCGAGGUUGGGGUAGAGCCCGAGCAGACGAGUCGAGACUUCUGCCCCGGGCCACUCUGUUGCGCUGGAUUUGGAGUUUCUGGGAGGAUGUGAAGUUUGAAUGUGCUUUCAGGUCGGAGAUGAUGAUGAUGCGUGUGACUCGCUGUGUGCUGCAGAUUUUGUCCUACUGCGGUUUCAUCUCUCUGGAUCCGGAGGUUUAUCAGUACCUCAAAUAAACACAGACUUCAGUAACCUG